AUGUCAGCGCAUCCAUUUUCUCACAGCCGCGUGGGAUCGACUGACAAUGAAAGAAUAACAGACAAGACGGAGCACUCGCGGCUGUGGGCCAAAGAAGUGUCGUCCGAAUCGUUCCAAGUGUUGGUGGCUUCUGUGCCUUUGGACAGACAUUCGUUUGAGGAGAUGGUCGAAGAAAGCACAGAGCAGUUCAUCAUUGAGAGAAAGAGCAUGAAGCAUAGUCCAAAUGGUCUGGCCUGGAUUCAGGGGAGACGCGAGGGGAGGAGAGGACUUGCACAACCGCUAUGA